CACUCUCUCUUAACUCUUUUACACACAUGAAUGGUUAACACAUCUCUCCGCCUAUUAUUACCAAAAUGCCCUCCCGUCCACCACCACUCUCCACGGCGGCGCCACCCCUCCAACACAACCACCACCACCACAACCAAAGAAUCAUUCUCAUCGGAUCCCUCUCCCUCACCAUCCUCCUCCUCCUCUCUCUCCUCUUCACCCUCCUCACCUUCCUCUACCGGAAACUCUCCCUCCACCGCACCACCCCCUUCCCCCACCACCACCACCACCACAACAACCACCGCCGCUACUCCUACACGCUCCUCCGCCGCGCAACAAACUCCUUCUCCCCCUCCACCAAACUCGGCCACGGCGGCUUCGGCUCCGUCCACAGAGCCACCCUCCCUUCCGGCGAAACCGUGGCACUGAAGCUCAUGGACUCGCCGGGCUCCCUCCAAGGCGAACGCGAGUUCCACAAUGAACUCUCUCUCUGUUCGAAUCUCAACUCACCUUUCAUUCUCUCUCUCUUGGGUUUCUCUUCCGACAGAAGAAACCGCAAACUCAUACUCGUCUAUGAGCUAAUGAAGAAUCGAAGCCUCCAAGACGCGCUUUUGGAUCGCAAGUGUCCCGAGCUUAUGAACUGGAAAACGCGCUUCGACGUUGUAGUUUCGGUGGCCAAAGGGUUGGAGUACUUGCACCAUUGUUGUGACCCUCCGGUGAUUCACGGUGACAUCAAACCGAGUAAUAUUUUGUUGGAUUCUGAGUUUAGGGCUAAAAUUGGGGAUUUUGGGCUUGCCAGGGUGAAGGAGGAGGUUGGGGUUGUGGUGGUGGAGGAGGAAGUUCACGGUGGUGAUUGUGGUGGUGGCGGCGGUGGUGAUGAAGAGUGUGAUCGUGGUUCGGUGGUGGAGAGUGUGGCGACUGGGACUACUGCCGGAUUUGAUUUGGAGAGGUCGCCAGAAAGUUUUGCGGCGGUGAGGGUUUUGGAUUCAGAUGCGUCUCCGGCGGCGGCGGGGACUUCGCCGGAGGUCGGGUUGGAGAAAGGUAGCGUCUUGUCGGAUGGGUUGUUUGAUGGGGUGAGUGUGGAGAGUGGGAAUCAGAGGAGGAAGGGUGGCGGUAAUGGCGGUGGUUCCGGCAGGGAUUGGUGGUGGAAACAGGACAAUGGUGGAGGGUCAGAGUCAGGGAGGGUCAAGGAUUAUGUUAUGGAAUGGAUUGGUAGUGAGAUAAAGAAAGAAAGGCCCAAGAAUGAAUGGGUUGCUUCUCCAAGUAGCAUAAGUUGUGAUGCAGAGAAUAAUGGGGGUGUUGAAAGAUUGGAUUCGGAGGCCAAAAACAAGAAUAAGAACAAGAAGAAAAAGCAGAGAAAGAGGUUGGAUUGGUGGGCUUCAUUGGACGAGGAGAAGGUGAAGAAUCAGCCGCAGCAGAAGAAGGAGAAGAAUCGGAAGCCGAGGGAGUGGUGGAAGGAGGAGUUCUGUGAGGAGCUGGCGAAGAAGAGCAAGAAGAAGAAGAGGAGCCUUGAUAACAAUGGUGGUGAAGCUUGGUGGCAGAACAAAGAUGAGGACUUGGUGGUGGUUCAGGAUCAGAAGAGGAAGAGGAAAAACAAGACCAGCAGAGGAAGCAUUGAUUGGUGGCUUGAUGGUUUGAGUGGUGAACUAAUCCGAAACAACAAUGGCAGAAGGAAUAGCCAAGAUUGGGUGAGUGGUGACAUACCGAAGAGUGGUGGAAUCAGCAGUACUCCAAGCAUGAGGGGGACUGUGUGUUAUAUUGCUCCUGAAUAUGGUGGUGGUGGCCAAUUAUCUGAGAAAUGUGAUGUGUAUAGUUUUGGUGUUCUUCUUUUGGUUUUGGUUGCUGGGAGGAGACCCCUUCAAGUGACAGCAUCGCCGAUCUCGGAAUUCGAGAGGGCUAAUUUGAUUUCAUGGGCUAGGCAACUUGCUCACAACGGCAGGCUCUUGGAUCUUGUUGACACUAACAUUCUUUCAUUGGACAAGGAACAAGCUUUGCUCUGCAUCACAAUUGCCUUGUUGUGCCUCCAGAGAUCGCCUGCAAAGAGGCCGUCCAUGAAGGAGAUUGUGGGGAUGCUCUCCGGCGAGGCCGACACGCCUCACUUGCCAUUCGAGUUCUCGCCGUCGCCGCCCUCGAAUUUUCUCUUCAAGUCCAGGAAGAAGGCUCGGUGAGUUCUAUUAAGAGAGUGUAUUGUUCAUUAACUUGUAAGAGUGUAUUUGUUGUAGGUCCAAUUCUAAUUUUAUUCAUCAUUUGUAGAAACUAAUGUUAAACAAAACAAAACCAAAAAAAAAAGAGAAAAAUAGUGAUAAAUCAAGUACUUCCCUUAUAGGACUGUU